AUGUCGAAUUUGUCAAAGCUUGAGUUUGUGGCACUUGACAUUUCUAAAAAAAAUUACCAAUUAUGGUUUCUCGAUGCUGAGAUUCACUUAGCCGCUAAAGGCCUUGGUAACACCAUUACUCACGUGAAAGUUCCACUUGACUUGUGGACUGGUCUGAAGGAAAGGUAUGAUCACCUUAAGGCUACAGUAUUGCCAAGGGCUCGAUAUGAGUGGAUGCACUUACGGUUACAAGAUUUUAAGACCCAACAAUACCAUGAAAGGGGUUUUAAAAAGUAUCCUGAAUUGAUCUCAUGCCUUCUGGUGGCUGAGCAACAUAAUACCCUUUUGCUAAAAAAUCAUGAAGCCCGUUCCACAGGGUCAGCUCCGCUUCCUGAAGCGAAUAUGGCAGCUAGACGGUCUUCAAACAAAAAUGAUGACAAUGCCGAGGCAAAUCUUGCUUUGAAUGAUGAUGAUUUUCAAGGCCUCGAUGAUCUUACUCAUUUGGAAGUUGAAGAUUUCUCUGGAGAUCAAAACUAA